CGUCGCUGCCAGCCGCUCCGAGCCCGUCUCCGUCCAGCUUCCUGUUUCUGCCAAACUCAACAACCAACAUGGCCGGCCAGGAGGAUCCAGUGCAGAGAGAGAUUCACCAAGACUGGGCGAAUCGAGAGUACAUUGAAGUCAUCACAAGCAGCAUCAAGAAAAUCGCCGACUUCCUGAACUCGUUUGAUAUGUCGUGUCGAUCCCGCUUAGCCACCCUGAAUGAGAAACUGACAGCAUUAGAGAGGAGGAUUGAAUAUAUCGAAGCCAGAGUGACAAAAGGAGAAACUUUGACCUAGAACUCACCAUGGAAACUCACAGCAUCAUGAAGCCACCUGCCUACCCCCCUGAAAUAUUGGAUUAUGUGUGAUGGAUCUCACCCUUCUUUUUUGGGACCAUGUGGAUGAUUUUGAUAUUUUAUGGCUGAGAUUUUUUUUUUCCUGUGUGUGUGCGUGUGUGUGUAUGUGUGUGUUAUCUGAUCCCAUGACACAGUUCUAUAGAAGAACCUCUGUCUUUCUCCAGUGUCACUGACUCAAACAUCACCACUGUUACAAAAAAAAUUCAUAUUCCUAGUUGGUUUGAAAAUAGUUUUGUGCAGCUCAAAUAUGGAUUCGGCAUCAGCACAACUUAUUGGCCAUCUGUGUUGUCGACAGUGUCAUUACCAACAAAGAGUAAUAAUGGAGGGGUAACAUUCCUGUGUGCCAAGUUGAACAAGUAACUUUGUGUAUUCGUCUUUAUUAAGGACCUGCUUGUACAGUAAAACUGUUUGGUGAUGAUGUUUCAAGAUUUAAAUACUGUAAUAAAGGGAAAAUAACAACCA